UCAAUCGAAAGCUUCUUCGGCUCCGUUAAUCUCAGUAGUCUGCGACGACGCCGAGCUCAGCUCAUGAGGUGGCCACCAAACAAAGAUGCUAAUCCUUGCGGGAAUUCAACCCUGUAAGUUUCCUUGUCUUCCCAAUUCGUCAUUCGAGCCACAAGAUUUCUUAAUUUCAUCCAAUCCCCAGCGAAAUUCAUCAUUUAUCAACGUCCCCAGAGUUAUAACUCCAGAAAUCUCAAGUUUCAAGUUGUUUUCCACUUCUAAUUGGUCUAAUAACCAUAAUAAAUCCAAGAAAUUUCCAUUUCGGGAAAGAAAUAGCGUUGUGUUUUGCUCUAGGAAUGACGUUUUUGAUAAUUUCUCGAGCACCCAAUUGCCGGAUAGGCCUAAAGAGGAGGGAAUUCAAGAGAUUGAUGAGCUUGGUCUGCUAAGUAAGCCUUCUCCCGCUCCUGUAAGCAAUGGGGUUUCAUCAGAAAUUGACAAAGAGGAUCAAAAGCCUGAUGAGAAUGAGGCAUUGGCGCCAUUUAUGAAAUUCUUUAGGACUACAGAUUCCGUAGAGGAAGAGGAAAAAACGCUACAAGUUUGUGAGGAGAAAGUUGAAAGAGAGGACGAAACUGAGAAAGCCAAUAAGUUGAAUGUUGAGUACUAUGAGCCCAAACCUGGAGAUGUUGUUGUUGGUGUGGUUGUUUCAGGUAAUGAAAACAAGCUUGAUAUCAACGUGGGGGCGGAUUUAUUGGGAACAAUGUUGACAAAAGAGGUGCUUCCAUUGUAUGACAAAGAGAUGGAUUUCUUAAUGUGUGAUUUUGACAAGGAUGCUGAGUCUUUUAUGGUGAAUGGGAAGAUGGGGUUGGUGAAAUAUGAAGAUGCUGUUAGCCGUGGACCGGGGUCGGGACGGCCUGUUGUGGAGACCGGCACGGUUUUGUUUGCUGAGGUUCUGGGAAGAACACUCAGUGGUCGGCCAUUGCUCUCGACUAGAAGGUUGUUUCGGCGGAUAGCUUGGCAUCGAGUGAGGCAGAUUAAACGACUUGAUGAGCCGAUUGAAGUCAAAAUAUCAGAGUGGAAUACCGGAGGCCUUCUUACAAGAAUUGAGGGUUUGCGAGCAUUUCUUCCAAAGGCCGAGUUACUGAAUAGAGUAAAUAAUUUCACGGAGUUGAAAGAAAAUGUGGGACGUCGGAUCUUUGUGCAGAUCAUGCGAAUAGAUGAAUCUAAGAAUGACUUGAUACUAAGUGAGAGACAAGCUUGGGAAACGCUAUACCUACGUGAGGGAACGCUUCUAGAAGGAACCGUGAAGAAAAUAUUCCCUUAUGGAGCUCAAAUAAGAAUACGUGAUACGAACAGAAGCGGAUUACUCCACGUUUCAAACAUCACCCGUUCCCGAGUUACCUCCGUGAGCGACUUACUUGCAGUGGGCGAAAAUGUCAAAGUUCUUGUUGUGAAGUCAAUGUUUCCUGACAAGAUAUCUCUAAGUAUUGCAGACCUUGAAAGCGAGCCCGGCCUCUUUAUAUUGAACAAAGAGAAGGUAUUUGCAGAGGCUGAGGUCAUGGCGAAGAAGUACAGGCAGAAGCUACCUGCUAUUGAAGGCAUUCCCACAUCCGAACCUGUUCUGACUACAGAUCUUCCAUUUGAAAACGAAUCGAGCAUGUACGCGAACUGGAAAUGGUUCAAAUUCGAAAGGUAGUUGUCAAGUUAAACGAUCUCUCUUUCAUGCUUCCCAAACAUGCCUUACUCCAUUGGAAAGAAUUGGUAAUGUAUUCAACGGGCAAGAGUUCCCUUAGUUUAAACGAAUCGUUUUUUCGUUAUCGUUUAUCGGUCCUGUUCGAUCCUGGGGAAUAGCGAAAUCCAUGGAAUGGGAAGUGUAAAGAUCAAAUUUUGAACAUCAUUCUGUCUUGUUCAGCUGUUUUAUGUAAGCUUUUACAUAGUAAGUUGAAUUUUAUUCAUUACUGUUGCCUCAA